CAGCCGGGCGCGCAGGAGCCUGCGAGCCCGCGAGCCGGCGCGCAGCGGUUGCGGCCUCCCCUUCGCUCAGCGGCCCGGACGUCCCGGUCCGCGGCCCCGCUAACCCCGGGGCCCGCGCCCCUCCCGCGGUAGGGAUGCAUCAUGGCCACGCUGGCUUGCCGGGUGCAGUUCUUGGACGACACGGACCCUUUCAACAGCACCAACUUCCCGGAGCCCAGCCGGCCGCCGCUGUUCACAUUCCGCGAGGACCUCGCGCUCGGCACUCAGCUGGCCGGGGUCCACAGACUUCUGCGGGCGCCGCACAAGCUUGAUGACUGCACGCUACAACUGUCCCACAAUGGCACCUACUUGGACUUGGAAGCCACCCUGGCAGAGCAGCGGGAUGAAUUGGAAGGCUUCCAGGAUGACGCUGGGCGGGGCAAGAAGCACAGCAUCAUCCUAAGGACGCAGCUGUCAGUGAGGGUCCAUGCCUGCAUCGAAAAACUUUACAACUCCAGUGGACGAGAUUUAAGAAGGGCCCUUUUCUCCCUGAAGCAGAUAUUUCAGGAUGACAAGGAUUUGGUGCAUGAAUUUGUAGUGGCUGAAGGGCUGACAUGUUUGAUCAAGGUGGGAGCUGAGGCUGAUCAGAACCACCAGAACUACAUCCUGAGGGCUUUGGGCCAGAUUAUGUUGUAUGUGGAUGGGAUGAAUGGAGUAAUAAACCACAAUGAAACCAUACAGUGGCUGUAUACUCUCGUUGGGUCAAAGUUCCGCCUGGUGGUGAAGACCGCUCUGAAGCUGCUGCUGGUCUUUGUGGAGUACUCAGAGUCAAAUGCACCUCUUCUAAUUCAGGCUGUCUCUGCUGUGGACACAAAAAGAGGCAUCACACCCUGGUCAAAUGUCAUGGAAAUCCUGGAGGAAAAGGAUGGAGUUGACACGGAGCUGCUGGUUUAUGCAAUGACUCUGGUGAACAAGACAUUGUCAGGAUUGCCAGACCAAGACACCUUCUAUGAUGUUGUGGAUUGCCUGGAGGAGCUGGGCAUUGCUGCUGUGUCCCAGAGGCACUUGAGCAAGAAAGGGACUGACCUGGACUUGGUGGAGCAAUUGAACAUUUAUGAGGUGGUGCUCAGACACGAGGAUGGCGAUGAGACCGCGGAGCCGCCCCCCAGCGGGUGCCGAGACCGGAGGCGUGCCAGCGUGUGUUCCAGUGGUGGGGGAGAGCACCGUGGCCUGGACCGCAGGCGAAGCCGCAGGCACUCGGUGCAGAGUGUCAAGAGUCCCCUGUCGGCUCCCACCAGCCCCUGCUCCCAGUCGGCUCCCAGCUUCAAGCUCGGUCAAGUACAAGAUCUCCGUGAAAAGGAUGAGGAGGAGGAGGAAGAGGAGCAGCCCAUCACGGAGCCCAAUUCAGAGGAAGAGAGAGAGGACCAUGGCCCCUGUCAGGGCAAGGACAGCAAGGCAAGCACUGCCUCAGAGCAGAGCCUUCCUGGACAGGAUGCUGCUCCCAGGAGUUCUGCCCUCACACCUGUCUCUAAUGCCACCUUGAAGGGAAAGCCGCUUCCAGCCAGCAGUGCAGGGGAGAACCCCCUGUGCAGUGGGUCCUCUGGGCCUGAGGCCACCCGGCCUGGCCUCCUGCUGUCCCCUGCCCCAGCUGUGAGGCCCUCCUCCACCGCACCUGCCUCGUUGAAGUCAUCACCAACCAUAGACAAGCUGCCCUACGUGCCCCACAGCCCCUUCCACCUCUUCUCCUAUGACUUUGAGGACUCUCCCUUAUCCACCAAGGAAAAGGAAGCCGAGUCCCAGAAGGAAAACAGUUCCUCCGAUUCUGCCUCUGAACCCUACAACUUCCGGUCUUUCUCUUCUAAUAGAUACAGCAACUUUGGCAACAUCUCUUACCACUCGUCAAGACCCCCAUCUGGACCCAGUGUGGCCACCACCCCCACAUCCUCUGUGUCCUCUCCCCAGGAGGCCAGACUGGAAAGGCAACACCAAGAGUCACUAGCAGCAGAGAGAGAGAGGCGACGGCAGGAGAGAGAAGAAAGGUUGCAGAGAAUAGAACGGGAAGAAAGGAACAAAUUCAGCCGAGAAUAUGUAGACAAAAGAGAGGAGCAAAGACAAGCAAGAGAAGAAAGAUACAAAUACUUGGAACAGUUGGCAGCUGAGGCACAUGAAAAGGAGCAGAGAGGCCGGAGUGUGAGCCGGGGCAGAGCCGACCUCUCCUUGGACCUGAGCUCGCCAGCAGCUCCUGCCUCCCCAGCUCUUCGGAGCCAUAGCCCAUCAUCUCUAGACUCUCAGGAGGCUCUGCCAGUAUCAUCCUCCUCCCCAGGAACACCUCAGCAUCCCGCAGCGUGUGCCGGCCACCCUAAGCCAGAAGUGGAGGCGGGGCAGGCUGCUGAUGAAGUCAUCCAGGACAUAGCCUCUGCCUGCAGGGGAGCGGAGAACGAGAGGGAACAGACACUGGAGCCGGAGCCGGAAGGAAGAGCCUCCCUCAGUGAGAAAGAGAGGCAGAACGAGGGGGUGAACGAGAGGGACAACUGCUCGGCCUCCAGCAUCUCGUCCUCCAGCAGCACAUUGGAGAGGGAGGAGAAGGAGGACAAGCUCUCCGGGGACAGGGCAACUGGUUUGUGGGCCGCGGGUGUUCAGGAUGCAGGUGUAAAUGGACAGUGUGGCGAUAUCCUCACCAGCAAACGGUUCAUGCUGGACAUGCUGUAUGCCCAUAACAGAAAGUCCCCGGGGGACAGCGAGGCCACAAGGACCCAGCAGGAGGCAGAGGCAGUCACCAGCCUUGCCGCCAGGGUCUCCACUCUGCAGACCAAUUCACAGGCCCAGGAUGACAGUGUCAGAAAGGUGGAUGUUGGCUGUUUGGACAAUAGGGGCAGCGUGAAAGCAUUUGCAGAGAAAUUCAACAAUGGGGACCUGGGGAGAGGGUCUAUGUCCCCUGAUUCUGAGCCCAAUGACAAAGUUCCCGAGAUAGCACCAGCACAGCUGAAGACAGAGUCUGAUUACAUCUGGGACCAGCUCAUGGCCAACCCAAGGGAGCUCAGAAUCCAAGACAUGGAUUUCACUGACCUUGGGGAGGAAGAUGACAUCGAUGUCCUGGACAUGGACCUGGGUCACAGGGAGGCCCCUGGGCCACCUCCCCCACCCCCGCCCACCUUUCUGGGUCUGCCACCCCCACCCCCUCCACCCCUGUUGGACAGUGUGCCUCCUCCUCCCACCCCUGGUAAUUUAUUGGCUCCUCCUCCUCCAGUGUUCAACGCUCCUCAGGGCUUAGGGUGGUCCCAGGUACCCAGGGGUCAGCCCACAUUCACUAAGAAAAAGAAGACCAUCCGUCUGUUCUGGAAUGAAGUUCGGCCUUUUGAGUGGCCAUGUAAAAACAACCGACGCUGCAGAGAAUUCCUGUGGUCAAAACUGGAACCCAUUAAGGUGGACACUUCCAGACUGGAGCACCUGUUUGAGUCGAAAUCCAAGGAACUGUCUGUCACAAAGAAAACCGCUGCAGAUGGAAAAAGGCAAGAGAUCAUCGUUCUGGAUUCUAAGAGGAGCAACGCGAUCAAUAUUGGUCUGACUGUGCUGCCCCCUCCAAGGACGAUUAAGAUAGCCAUUCUGAAUUUCGAUGAAUAUGCCUUAAACAAAGAAGGAAUUGAGAAAAUUCUAACCAUGAUUCCCACUGAAGAGGAGAAGCAGAAAAUCCAGGAGGCGCAGCUGGCCAACCCCGAGAUGCCCUUGGGCAGCGCAGAGCAGUUCCUCCUGAUGCUAUCCUCCAUCAGCGAGCUCUCAGCUCGGCUCCACCUCUGGGCAUUCAAAAUGGAUUAUGAAACCACAGAAAAGGAAGUGGCAGAACCACUUUUGGACCUGAAGGAAGGAAUAGACCAGUUGGAGAACAAUAAAACCUUGGGCUUUAUCCUGUCUACCCUCUUAGCCAUUGGGAACUUUCUAAAUGGAACGAAUGCCAAAGCGUUUGAGUUAAGCUACCUCGAGAAGGUUCCAGAAGUCAAAGACACAGUGCACAAGCAGUCGCUUCUCCACCACGUGUGCACCAUGGUGGUGGAAAACUUCCCAGACAGCUCGGAUCUGUACUCAGAAAUUGGGGCCAUCACCAGGUCAGCCAAGGUUGACUUUGAUCAACUUCAGGAUAAUUUAUGUCAGAUGGAGAGAAGAUGCAAAGCUUCCUGGGAUCACCUUAAGGCAAUUGCAAAACAUGAAAUGAAACCAGUUUUAAAACAACGGAUGUCAGAGUUUCUAAAAGACUGUGCUGAACGAAUUAUAAUUUUAAAGAUUGUCCAUAGAAGAAUAAUUAACAGAUUCCACUCCUUUUUGCUCUUCAUGGGUCAUCCGCCGUAUGCUAUCCGGGAAGUGAACAUAAACAAGUUCUGUAGGAUCAUAAGUGAAUUUGCACUAGAGUAUCGCACCACCAGGGAAAGAGUUUUACAGCAGAAACAGAAACGGGCCAACCACCGAGAGAGAAAUAAGACCAGAGGGAAGAUGAUCACUGAUACUGAUGACGAGGAUGAAGUUGAGUCGGGCAAGUUCUCUGGCAGCUCUCCGGCACCACCAAGCCAGCCGCAGGGUCUGAGCUAUGCAGAGGACGCCGCCGAGCACGAGAACAUGAAGGCUGUGCUGAAAACCUCCUCCCCUGCCAUGGAGGAUGCCACCCCAGUGCUGGGCGUCCGCAUUCGCAGCAGAGCAAGCCGAGGAUCCACUGGUUCCUGGACUGUGGGAACUGAUGACUCACCUAACAUCACAGACGAUGCUGCCGAUGAGAUCAUGGACCUCAUCGUCAAGUCGGCCACCCAAGUGCCCAGUCAGCGAGUGGUGCCCAGGGAGAGGAAGCGGUCCCGGGCCAACCGGAAAUCUCUACGAAGGACCUUGAAGAGCGGCCUGACACCAGAAGAAGCCAGAGCCCUGGGCUUGGUUGGUGCCUCGGAGUUGCAGCUCUGAUGCUCAUGAGGCACCCCAAGAAGUUUGCUGAGCAGAGGGAAUGCUCAUGCUGGACAGAACUCCUCCCUUUGGGGUGGGAAGACCUGACCCAAACAUCCAAUGGUUCAGAAAAGGGAGUGCUCACUUCCCCGUGUCACAUGGCUUGUGGUGCCUGCUAUGCAUUGACUUGGAUCCCCAAGAGUGUCCUGCACAUAAUUUCUCCAUCAUGUCAGCUGUGUUUCUCUUGAUUCUUUGAUACCUGGUUUAUUAGUUCCAAAGUGUGACACCUUUCUGGGGCAAGGAACAGCCCCUUCAAAGAGCAAAUCACUCCUGUCACAGUUAUUAUGGUAUAUGAGGCAAUUUGAUUAGAUUCACAGACUGGAUCUCCACAACCCUCAAAUGUCUGGAUGUAAACUCCAAACUUGUACACAAAAGAAAGCACAGAUUGUUUACCAGUUGUGGAUUUUAGAUGUACUAAAUGUUUAUACAAAUACAUAAAUGUACACCAUGUUUCAAAUACUAAAUAAAUAGAGUUUAAUGCCA